AGUGGGACCCGGAUGCUGAUGCGAGUGAGACGAAGGAAGGAAGAGGAGAGAGAAAAUAUCGAUUUACGGCAAGAAAAACCGAAGGGAGUAUAAUACAGGGGGCCUUAACCCUGCGUGAACUAUAAUCAGAAUUGAGGAGGGGAAUAAGGCAGUCGAUAAUAGUGCGGGUUAAUCUGCGGGCUUCUGUGUGUGUGUGUUUUUUUUACCUGAGUGAGGGAGGAGGACACGCCAAAGGAGAGAGGAGAAGAUGCUGUGAUCCGCUACUUGCAGCAGCAGGGAUGUAGAGAGGGAGCGACGGGGAGAGGCAGGGAGGGGGAGGACUACGCUACACCAAAGGAUGGUUGUUUUGCAAGGAGAUAUUGUGAGAAUGCGGCGGCAGUGUGAUAAUAAAUCUUACCGUUUGGUGAUGUCCGGAAACUUCAGGAGGUGUCGGUUCUUUUGACAGGCGGCGCGAGCGCGGCCGUUGGUCCAGGCGUUGAAGCUACAGCUAGCCUCGCUGCUGUGUGGGAGAGCGGCGGCGAGGCUACAAUAGCAUGUUGUUGCACCUGUAAAACAGGCCUGACAGAGAGAAAUACAUUGAUUUUAUUUUCAUUCCUAACGCCCACUUGACGUAUACAACGUUUUUGUAGCUAUACUCAACCGGCAAUGACAUAUAUUUCGUGAAUAAACUCGUUUUUAAAGGCGAAUAUUCACAACGUCAACGUUAGUAUGCGAUAAUUCUCAUAAUAACCGUCAUAUACAGUUAACGUCGUGCAAGUUAAGCAAAUAAGCUCAUGUACAAAAGUAAGGGUUGACCACCUUGCCAUGUUUAUAUCUAAAUGGUAGUUGUCAGUAUUUAACGCUUAAAACAGCCUAUUAAAUUACUGUCAUAUCUGUGUUUCUGCUUUAAUCUCCCACUAGCAAGCUGUUUUGUUAAGUAUAAACAUGUUUAAUGUGCUUUAGAACAAAAUAUUUAGCCAUGUGUAGAUGAAAAAUGUCCAUUUAUCAUCCAGAUGUUUUGUACCCACACCAGUUUGACAUCUCUCCAGAGUAGCAGUGUCAUCACUGAAAGAAAUUAAAAAUAUCUCCUCGUCUGUGUUCAUCACCGUCCUGUAUGCCUCCGUAACUUCUGUAUAAGCUGUAGAAUAUUACAGUUAUUGCAAUAAACAGUGCAGUAGUAGUAGUUGUAGUGUCUUAGCCUCCAGUAAGAGCAGUAUGAGUAAGGAACUGUCUCUAAGUCAGUCAGCUCAGUAUGUUGGGCCCUACCGACUGGAGAAAACACUGGGGAAGGGUCAGACGGGACUGGUCAAGCUCGGGGUCCACUGCAUUACGGGUCAGAAGGUAGCGAUUAAAAUAGUCAACAGAGAGAAGCUGUCUGAGUCAGUCCUGAUGAAGGUUGAGAGGGAGAUUGCUAUUCUCAAACUGAUCGAGCAUCCGCAUGUGUUGAAGCUGCAUGAUGUUUACGAGAAUAACAAAUAUCUGUACCUGGUGUUGGAGCAUGUGUCAGGAGGAGAGUUGUUUGACUACCUGGUAAAGAAAGGCCGGUUGACCCCGAAAGAGGCCAGAAAGUUCUUCAGGCAGAUCAUCUCUGCUUUGGAUUUCUGCCACAGUCAUUCCAUCUGUCACAGAGACCUGAAGCCAGAGAACUUGCUCCUGGAUGAAAAAAACAACAUCCGUAUUGCUGACUUUGGCAUGGCCUCCCUACAGGUGGGAGACAGUCUGUUAGAGACCAGCUGUGGAUCACCACAUUACGCUUGCCCUGAAGUCAUACGGGGGGAGAAAUAUGAUGGGCGGAGAGCAGAUGUGUGGAGCUGUGGGGUCAUCCUUUUUGCUUUACUUGUGGGGGCCCUACCUUUUGACCAUGAUAACUUGCGCCAGCUCCUGGAGAAGGUGAAAAGCGGUGUAUUCCACAUGCCACACUUCAUACCCCCGGACUGCCAGUCCCUGCUCAAGGGCAUGAUUGAAGUUGACCCUGAAAAAAGGCUCUCGCUGGAGGCCAUCCAGAAACAUGCCUGGUAUCAGGGUGGCCGUAAUGAGCCGUGUCCUGAGCAGCCUCCUCCCAGGCGAGUGUGUGUGAGGCGAAUCUCGUCCCUGACUGAGCUGGACCCAGAUGUGUUGGACAGCAUGCACUCCCUGGGAUGUUUCCGAGACCGCGGCAAGCUCACACGUGAUCUGCAAUGUGAAGAAGAAAACCAGGAGAAGAUGAUCUACUACCUUCUGCUGGACAGAAAAGAGCGAUACCCAAGCUAUGAGGAUGAGGACUUGCCUCCGCGCAAUGACGUAGCAGACCCUCCUCGAAAGCGAGUCGACUCUCCAAUGCUGACACGUCACGGCCGCUGUCGCCCCGAGAGGAAAAGUCUUGAGGUGCUGAGUGUUACUGAACAGGGGUCUCCUACCCCGCCUCGCAGGGCCCUGGACACAGCUGCACACAGCCAGAGGUCUCGCUCUGUCAGUGGAGCAUCAACUGGUCUCUCCUCCAGUCCUCUCAGCAGUCCUAGGUCCUAUCAGAGCCCAGUCUUCACUUUCAGCCAAUCAGACGUCACCUCUGCCACCGCUACCCCCCUCACAAAGGAGCCCAAACAGGGAAGCACCACCACUCCUCGCUCUGCACGGGCUCACGACAAGCCCAAAGCUCCUCCCAACCCAAAGACCCAGACCCUGCCCACCAAGGGACCCACCGAGCGACCCCACCUGCAGCCCAUCAAAUCCCUGCCUCUGCACAACCCAUCCUCCCGCUCACCCUCCCCUUCUCCGCUCCUGUCACCCAUCCCCCGUUUUUUCUUCCCCUCGUCCUCUGUCCUAAAGUCAGUGACUAAGAGCUUCUACCCAAACUCUGCCCACUCUGUGCCACAGGUCACCCCCCAGGGCUCUCCAUUGCCCACGCCCUUGGGCACCCCUGUUCACCACCCUCACCACCCUUCCUCCACCCCGCCCUCCUCUUCCUCGUCCUCAUCCUCUUCGCGGGCGGAGGGAGGGGGAGGGGUGGGCUCGCUGUCGCUGACCCCGCCUUCAAGCCCAGGAGGGGGAAGCGGCAUGGCAGCCAGCAGCUCCGCCCACUGGAGGACUCGGCUCAAUUCUUUCAAAAACAACCUGCUGGGAUCGCCGCGUUUCCAUCGCCGCAAACUGCAAGUUCCUACUUCAGAAGACAUGUCCAGUCUAACACCAGAGUCCAGCCCUGAGCUGGCUAAGAAGUCGUGGUUUGGGAACUUCAUCGGCUUGGAGAAAGAGGAGCAGAUCUUUGUGGUGAUCAGAGACAAACCUCUGAGUUCUGUCAAAGCUGACAUAGUCCACGCCUUCCUGUCUAUCCCGUCGCUCAGUCACAGCGUCCUCUCCCAGACCAGCUUUCGAGCAGAGUACAAGUCCUCAGGCGGUCCCUCCGUCUUCCAGAAGCCCGUCAAGUUCCAGGUGGACAUUGCUUUUUCCGAAGGCGAGAGGGAGCGGGACAGGGAGAGGAGCGAGAGGGAGGGCAGGAGGGAGACAGGGAUCUACAGCGUGACGUUCACUCUCAUAUCAGGUCCAAGUCGCAGGUUCAGACGAGUGGUGGAAACGAUUCAAGCUCAGCUUCUCAGCUCUCAUGAUCAACCCAUGGUGCAAGCCCUGUCUGAUCCCUUUCCAGAUGAGAAGAACGGCCGGCCCCAUGGGACCCCUACCCGCCAAAACUCGAGGCGUUCCGAGGGUGGGGGCGACAGGUGUGAGUGGGGAGACCGCGCAGAUGGCGGAGGAAUCGGAGGCAGCGGGGGAGUUCUGCAACGCAGAGGCUCAGCGAAAGAGAGAACCCGACUGCUGUCUUCAAACGGAACCCAGUCCCAACCUUAGGAUAGAGAGUGAGACUACGCAGUAGGAUGCCUGAACUACACCAGACAGACGACAGUGUAACUCCAUCUCCAAGUAUCCCUGCAAGCCAUGAGCUACUCCUUUUCUUCCUUGGCUAAGUUGUGAAGGUGCUUGACCACAGCAAGGGUUGAGCCUUUUCCCCCUCUCAUGCUUUUUUUCCCCCCAACUCCACAUACUUUUGAUCUUUCGGAUCACCAGGAUUCCUACCCUUGAAUGAGAAGGAAGUGUUAGGGAAUCACCCUUUAAUGAAAACAAUAAUAUGUGAAUGAGCAGUUUGGUAUCCGUCAUAGAUACAGCUUCAAAGAUAAAACAAACUAGGAAUUUUGAAGUGCUAAUGUGCAUGCCAGUUAGCAAAUCAGCCUGCUACAGGAUGCUGACAUGAUCAGAUAGGCUAGUCUACCAUAUCAUCAUAAUACAGUAUCCAACACCAAAAAGAGUCUCUUAAAAUUAACCAGUGCGCUCAUAUCAUUAUCAAGCAACAUGCAAAUACGAGUCCAUACUGAGAGAAAUAUAGAUGCACCAUAAGAGUUAGCUCCCUUGUUAGGGAGGAGCAGAACAAGAGGGAGGGGAAACUGCGUCCUGGAACUCCGGCAGUGUCUUCUCCUGAGGUAAAGAAAACCAACAAAGUAAGCUAAGUAAGUGAAUGUGAAAAAAAUAUUUUUUUAUUUCAUUUUUGUUUGUGUUUACAUGUUUCUUUGGAGGGUGUCAGUAGCACAGAGAUAGCAGUGAAGACAGACUGAAAACACUCUGCCAGUGUUGAGGAGGAGGGGGAAGCUGACCGAUCGCUCUAGUUUUGAUUCUUUUUGUAUUUUCUUUUCAAUCAGAGACGAUAUGGAACCAUGCACAUAUGAUUUUUGCAUUGGACCUCUGUUGCUCUGAAGAAAAGUAUUUUUGGUUUGAACAGAAAUAUGAACAUUACUAUAUGAAAAAAAAAACACUAUGAAUAGUUCCAUGAACCUCAUCACAGCUGUUUGUGCCCUGAUUGAAUGAGAAGAGUGAUCAAAUAGAAGCCACCUAUCUCUUGUCUCCUAAUGCCAUAGUAUUCACAAACUGACUCGGAACAAAAAAAAGAAAAGGAAGUUCAUCUAUGGACUACUCACAACGCUGGACUUCAUCUAUACCGGUGUGCGAUGUCAAUUCCUUGUUAAACAGGACUUCAUAAAUGGGAAGCAAGCAAAAGAGUCUCCUUACCCCCCCCCUGCCCUGUGCUCCUCACGUCAGUGUUCCCAAACGAGCCAAGUAGUCCAUCGCUGCACCCUCGCUCACCACAGAGAGUCGCACCAUUCUGCAAGCGGACGUAGCAGCUUGGGACGGUCAUGUUGUAAUACUCCAGCACUCUGUCAUACUAGUCAAUGUUCAUCACCAGUCUUCCAUACAGCACAAUAUGCAACAAAAGUGCAGAAUGUGUUAAGUGAGAUUUAUGCUACUGUUCUGUUCAUUUAUACCUUUUCUAUUUAUUUGUCCAUAAAUCUAUCCAUCUAUUUAUUUAAUUUAUGUAUUUAUAUUUGUUUAUUUAUUGACAGUUUAUGUUAUUUAUUUACUUUAUUUGUAAAUGGAUUUAUUUAUGUAUUUUUUUGGUCACUUUAUUUUGUUAUGUACAUUUUUAUGAAUUAUAUUUUAUGCCAAAAAUAUAUAUCCAGAGCUAAUUUAAAAAAAAAAAGUUAGAUUUAAUUUCUCAUUAGCACCGUUAGUUAACACUUUUUUUUCCAUACUAAACUUUGAUAGCAGUUCUGACUAGUUGCUCCAGUGCUCUUUGUUUAUCUCACAUCUUUUUGUGAUGUUUAUCUCUGAUAACUGGAGUGCGUGUGUGAUGACAGUCGAGUGUGACUGAGCAGAAAACUUUGCAGCACCUGCAUUUGAGCUGACUACAUAGGGAGAUUUCAGCUGACCCAGGAAAUAUCUACUUAAAUUAACAUAUUCAAACCCUAACAGGCACGUGAUUUCUCUCACAACACACUGAAUGCUUGCUAAUUUCGCUCCAUCUCUUGCUUUAAAUGCCUUGUCCCUUUGACCUGUCUGUCUGCCUCUUCACCUGUCGUGUGGCCCAUCAUCACGAGAGAAACUGUACAAAGUUGUUUGCCUCACCAUCCGUACACACUUUAUGAUUGCUCACCAUCACUGUCACUUCUCAUCUUUCUCAUCACCACAUCACUUUCAUUGACCCAACUCUGGCUAAGAUUGUAAACUAUUCUCCAUUCAUAAGGGUCAGUAGAAUAAGGUGUUUAAAAAAGAAAUGUCUGUAUCAUGAUUUAAAUAUAAAAAGUGCACUAUUAUAACUAUUGCCUGUGAUAAAAAGAACAAUUAUGAUUGAAGUGAUGGUCAAAAUAAAGAGAGAUCCACCUUAUUGUUAUGGUUACAAUAAUUAACCCUAAA